UCGAAAAGUUUUUCUAGACGCUCAUAAUGUAUCUCCGGCAGGGGGGGAGAGAGAGACGACGGCGACCUAUUACCUAAAAAGGGCCGUUUUAGUGCCUCGCCACAACCCCACGGCUCUCUCGUGAAGUCGAUCUAACUGUGCGAGAUGGACCCAUCAAUUUCGAGUGAAGGCGAAAAGAGUCCGGGGGAAGCUUCUCUGACCGCGAAUGGCCAGAAAGAUGUCGAAGCCGGUGAAGACCAGUUGCAUCGUGGCUUGCAGAGCUACCAUCUGCAAUUCAUCGCUAUUGGAGGUACCAUAGGCACUGGUCUUUUCCUCGGAAGUGGAGAGGCCUUGGCGACGGCUGGUCCUGUAGGAUGUCUCAUUGCUUUCAUCUUCGUCGGCUCGAUCGUGUUCUCCGUCAUGACGAGUUUGGGCGAGAUGGCUGCCUUCUUACCCGUGGCUGGAAGUUUUACCGUUUACGCAUCUCGGUUCGUCGAUCGCUCGCUUGGCUUCGCGAUGGGAUGGAUUUAUUGGUUUAGCUGGUCGAUUACUUUCGCUCUCGAAUUGGUCGCAGCCGGUCUUAUCAUUCAAUACUGGGACGCGAACCUCAGUAUCGGAAUAUUCAUCGCUAUCUUCUGGGCAGUUUUCACCGGGUUAAACUUCCUUCCGAUUCGGUGGUUCGGCGCGUUUGAAAUGUGGUUUUCGAGUAUUAAAGUCGUUACCAUUGUCGGGUUUAUUAUUUUCGCCAUCUGCAUCGAUGCUGGAGUAGGCGAGAAGGGAUACCUCGGUUUCGACGCCUGGAAGAACCCCGGCCCUUUCGCUGAAUACAUAACGACUGGAGACUCUGGGAAAUUCAUUGGGUUCUGGUCAGUUCUUGUCACUGCGGGAUUUUCUUACCAGGGCGCGGAACUUGUUGGUAUCGGUGCGGGAGAGACCCACGACCCCGCGAAGAACGUACCAAAGGCCAUCCGAUGGACUUUCUGGGGUAUCGUGUCGCUAUUCGUCUCGACUAUAUUCUUCAUCGGCCUUCUCGUACCCUCGGACACCGAUGCGCUUUCGAUCGGAACUACGGAUGCUUCCGCCUCGCCCCUUGUUAUCGCUGCCAACUUGGCCGGUGUCCCCGUUCUUCCUCAUAUCAUCAACGCCGUUUUACUGACAGCCGUUCUCUCUGCCGCUAACUCAAACGUGUACUCGGGAAGUCGAAUUCUGGUCGGCCUCGCUACGGAGCACAAUGCCCCGGCCUUCUUCAAGAAAACGAACAAGCAUGGAACUCCUUACUUUUCCGUUGCUAUUACGUCGGCUAUGGGGCUUCUCGCUUUCCUUAACCUGUCGGAGAAUGGUGGCGACGUCUUUGACUGGCUAUUAAACAUUACAGCCAUAGCUGGCUUCAUUACCUGGUCUUGCAUUAGCAUCUGCCACUUGCGGUUCAUGAAAGCCUUAGAAGCUCGAGGUAUCUCCCGAAAGGAGUUGCCUUAUGCGGCUCCUCUCCAACCAUACCUAACGUGGUUUGGACUAUUCUUCUGCGUGUUGAUUCUUCUUACAAAUGGAUUUACUGUCUUCAUUGAGUGGAAGACUAGCGAUUUCUUUGCAGCAUAUGUUUCGCUUAUUCUUUUCGCUGUGCUCCUUAUAGGACACAAGAUUAUCUACUGGAGAAGGCCAGUUAGGGUGAAUGAGGUGGACCUUGACACCGACAGGGUCAAGCAAUAAUCUUUUUAAUUGUAUAGACAUAUUAUAGAUUCCUUAUUUAUGAUACCCUUCAUAUCAAGCAUCAAUAUCAUCAACUCCAUAUGUAUCUUGACGUAAUCGAAAACUCGUAGUUGUUGCC